AUGCCGGACGCCCUCGCGGAAGUGGAGCCGAAGGUCGCCUGCACCCAGGCUGCUGAAACUACCUUGACGCCCGAGGCGGAGAAGGGCAAGAAGAAAACCCGGCUUCUGAAGACAGUUCCCUUGAGCCUGAUCAAGUUCCAUGCUUUUCAAAGAACCGAAAAGGGCCAGGCUGGGGCCACGCCCGCCGUCGUGAAGAAGACAAAAGAAAACUUGGAGGCGCCCUGCGGCUUGGGCUGUAUAGUUUUCCCCAGGUGUCAGCGCCUCAACAACAUCCAUUGCUUCCUGGUUUUCUACUGCCUCCUGAUCACCUCUCAAGGUAUUGUGUUUGGUCUCAUAGAUCUGAGCAUUGACACUUUUGAGAAGGACAAUCAUCUGAGCAACAUGGAGAAUUUAUUGUUGUCUUUGACUUAUGAUAUUUCAUCCUGCCUGAUAGUAGUGUUUAUAUCAUACUAUGGAGGGAGAGGAAACAUACCAAGAUGGAUUACAUUUUCCUCCUUUUUAGUAGGACUUGGAUCACUUUUAUUUGCUUUUCCAUACUUUAGUGUUGGAGAUCAUAAAGCAAGUGUAGCCAUUGGAGAUAUUUGCCAAGAAAUGAAGACUAACAAGGUUUGCAAUAAAGAGGCACCAUCAUUCCAAGCAAAGUAUAUAGCUUCCUUCAUCCUGGGGCAGAUUCUGCAGGGAGUAGCAGGAAUGCCUCUUUAUAUCCUUGGAACAGUCUUUAUCGACAACAGUGUUGCCAUACACUCAGCUGGUAUUUACCUAGGCAUAAUGGAAGCUUCAGUAGUACUCGGCUAUUCUUUGAGUUAUGUGAUAGCAGCACCCCUCAUCAAAGGCUCUGAGAACAGAACUUCUGCAAUUAGUGUUGAAGACAGUGAUGUGAUUCAAAGCUGGCUGCAGGAUUGGUGGAUUUAUUUUGGUUUGGUUUCACUUAUUGCAUGGUCUACAUUAAUACCAUUGUCAUGCUUCCCACACAGUGUACGAGGUACAGCAAGGAGAAAAGCUGAGAAGCGUAAACAGCCUCAUCCAUUUGAUGGAAAGAUUAAAGAUCAGGAAUUUGGAAUUAGUAUCAAGGAUUUAUUUGCUAGUAUUUGGGUUCUGUUGAAGAAUCCGAUAUUUACAUGCCUAGCUCUGACCAAAGCUUCAGAAUCUUUAGUUUUUAUUGGAGCUUCUGAAUAUUUGCCUAUAUAUAUAGAAAACCAGUUUUUAUUAACACACUCUACAGCAGCUAAAAUUGCAGGAUUUGUUUUACUUCCAGGAGGUGGACUUGGCCAGCUUCUGGGAGGUAUCAUUGUUUCCACGUUACACAUGUCUUGUAAAGCCCUUAUGAGAUUUAUAAUGGUUACAUCUGUUAUAUCACUUAUAUUCUUUGGGUUUGUAAUUUUUGUACACUGUGAUCCAGUACCACUUGCUGGGAUCAAUGAAGAUUAUGACGGAACAGGACAGUUGGGAAACCUGACAGCUCCUUGCAAUUCUCACUGUAGAUGCUCAUCUUCAUUUUAUUUUGCUAUCUGUGGAAGAGAUAAUACUGGAUAUUUUUCUCCUUGCUUUGCAGGCUGUACACAAUCCAAAACAUUAAAUGGUCACCAGGCAUACUACAAUUGUUCUUGUAUCCAAGCAGGAUUAGCAACCUCAGAUGAUCAAGGUGAUUUUAUUGAUGCUAGACCUGGGGCAUGUGAUACAAAGUGCUAUAAAUUGCCUUUGUUCAUUGCUUUUAUCUUCUCUACAAUUUUAUUUUCUGUUUUUUCUGGUAUACCAUGCACCCUGACCAUCCUUCGGAUUGUAUCAGACAAUCAACGUUCUUUGGCCUUGGGUUUGACCUAUGUGAUUUUGAGAAUAUUUGGGACGAUACCUGGACCAAUACUUUUUAAAAUGGCAGGAGAAACUUCUUGUAUCUUUCGGGAGACUGAAUUCUGUGGAAAAAAAGGAAAUUGUUGGAUCUAUAAUAAGAUGAAAAUGGCUUACCUUAUGGUAGGAGUAUGGUCAUUUGCAUCCUAA